AUGGAUACGUCGCAUAUGGCAUCAAAUAUUUUACAAAUGCUUAGUUCAACAUCAUGUAAAGAUAUUGAUGAUUUUUUAAAAGAUUUAAAUAUAUCCGAUCAUGAAUUACAAAACAGAACACGUGAAGAAUAUAUUAAUUCAUUACGUUCACCGUAUUGUGAACCAAAACCAUAUCCUAUACCACAAGGUUUAAAAAAAUGGGUAGUAACAAUUAUAUUAAUAUUAUUUCUUGUAUUUGGUCUUAUUGGUAAUACUUUAUCAGCAACUAUUAUGUUUCGUCGUUCACGUCGGGGACUUUCAUCUUAUUUUUAUCUUGCAUUAUUAGCUAUUAUUGAUAUAUGCAUUCUUUAUACUGGUUGCCUUUUAUAUAUGCUUGACAUAACAUUUAAUUAUCACCCACAAUUGUAUUCAACUUUUCUUUGUCGUUUAGCUUUUUAUGUUCAACAUUUAUUUACUUAUAUAUCAGCUUGGCUUAUUGUUGCUGUUACAUUUGAACGUUUUAUGGUUGUACGAUACCCAUUUCAAUCUAUCCGUAUAUGUCGUAUGCAUGUAGCAUAUAUAGUAGCAAUAAUAAUAUUUAUAUUUUUUGCAUUAUAUGCAACACAUUAUUUUUUUACAAUGGGUUUAAAUCGUAUUAAUUUACAAACAGAUGAAGGUUAUCAUCCAAAUUAUCUUGUCUGUGAUCUUGUUACUCAUCGAAGUUUAUUAGCAUUUAUUGAUUCAUGUUUUUAUAGUAUUCUACCAUCAAUUUUAAUACUUAUAUUUAAUAUAUUAAUUAUAUUGACUAUUUUUCAUGCUAUGAGAAAACGACGUGAUUAUUUACAAGCAAAUAGUUAUAUACAAACAACAAAUACAUCUCAAAGAAACAAAAAUAAAAGUUUAUCAACAAUGCGUACACAAUUUUUGCGUAGUCGAUCAGCAGAAUCAGUUCCAGCUGGCCGUUCAUCAAGUCAAAUACAAAAACAACGUAUUUCUCAUAUUCCAAGAAAUAACAUAUUUAUUGAACAUAAUAAUAAACGAAAAACAAAUCAAAAAAAUUUAUUUGACCCAACAAAUACAACUGGAAUACGUUUAACAUGUUUAUUAUUAAUUGUAUCAUUUAUAUUUGUUAUUUGUACAUUACCAAUAUCAAUACGUUCAUUGUUAGCUGAUUAUUCAUCUUUACAAAUAUCAACUGAACGUUUGCAAACAACACAACUUUGUUUGACAUUAUUAAUGUAUUUAAAUCAUACAGCUAAUUUUGUACUUUAUUGUGCAACUGGUCGAUCAUUUCGUAGUGAAUGUCGUAAACUUCUUUGUAGUUUAUGGUUAUUAAAAGACUUACGUGUAUCAUGUACAAUGAGUUCUAAUUCAGAUAAACAUGCACAUUAUCAUCAUCAACAACUUGUUCUUAUUGGUCGCAAUCGUUACAUUCGUUCUCAACAGCAACGACAAUAUAUAAGUCCGAUAAUGAAAGGAAUUUACUUAUAA